AUGGCGUCGACGGUGUUAGCGAGUAGGAAUCAGACGAGCUACGGACAUCAAUCAUUCAUGGGGGAAAUCCCUAAUUAUUCCAAUAAUAAUCCUCGUCAUCUGAACCCUAACCUUAACCCUAACCCUAACCAAAAACCCAAAUCUAACAAGAAGAAGCAUUUCCCCAACGCCGCUAUUAACGGCAGGCCACACAACCACAAUUCUCAUCCUGUUGAUUCUUGCGCCGUGGUUGUGAGUCAAGCCGCGUCGGAUGACGCGUAUUCGUUCAACCAAAGGCCGAUUGAGACAAGCGGGGGUGCCGGAUACGGAAAUAGUUUCAACCAUGGGGGAUAUGUAAGCUACAACGUUUCUGCGUGUUCUAAAAGAGAAAUUAAUGAGCUACGGAAGAAAUUGGUUGCGGAUCUUGAGAGAAUCCGGAAUCUAAAUGAUCGGAUUCACGCUGGCGAAUUAAACCCUAGAUCAACCAACGGAAAAUUCAAGAAAUUGUCGGGAAAUAAACGGCAGCCAUCUACGAUGCCGUUUGGAUCUAGCAACAAAGAGCCGAAACAUUUCCGUCAAGGUUUGGUAAACGGCAGUGCAGGAGGAGGUGAAGCGGACGAGAAUUUGUUAAAGAUGUGCAGACAGGUUUUGACGAAGUUGAUGAAGCACAAGCUUAGCUGGGUCUUCAACAAACCGGUGGACGCUGCUGCUCUAGGGCUUCACGAUUAUCAUCAAAUUAUCAAGCGUCCGAUGGAUUUAGGCACGGUUAAAUCGAAUUUAUCAAGGGGUUUAUACGCAUCUCCGUUGGAUUUCGCCUCUGAUGUGAGACUGGUCUUCGAAAACGCGAUGCUUUAUAACCCUAGAACAGAUGAAGUUCACGGAAUGGCGGAUCAACUGCUCACGCAUUUUGAAGAGUUAUUUAGACCAAUCCAGGCGAAAUUGGCAACCCAUCACGCUGUGAAUGAGUUUUCAGCCGUUGAUGAAUUAGAUGGUAGUUCUUGGGACGACAUUCAAACCCCUGAAAGAUCAAAGAAGAUGAAAACCGCAGCUCCAGUAGCUCCUUCCAUUUCAAACAAACAAAACCACUCAACCGCUUCGAACCCAAUAAUCCCACCCGUUGUCCAGUCUCCCGUACGUUCUCCAUCUCCAUUGCCAAUGCAGCCUGUAGAACCAGUGAAACCGCUAUCCACAUCAACAAGAUCAGCCAUCGGAAAGCUACCAAAGCCCAGAGCUAAAGAUCCAAAUAAACGAGAAAUGAACAUGGAAGAGAAGCAGAAACUAGGGUUAGGCUUGCAAAGUAUGCCUCAAGAGAAGAUGCCACAGUUAGUCCAGAUUAUUAGAAAAAGAAACGAUCAUUUAGCACACGAAGGUGAUGAAAUCGAGCUAGACAUUGAAGCUCUCGACACUGAAACACUUUGGGAGCUUGAUCGGUUCGUGACAAACUGGAAGAAACUCGUGAGCAAGACAAAGAGACAAGCUUUGUUGGUGAACACCACCUCAGCGGCAGGGGCUAGCGUCUCAGCUGACAUUGACGAUGCUCCGGUAAUGGAGAAAAUGGAUGGAAUGAAGAAGAGCAAGAAGGAAGCUGGAGAAGAGGAUGUUGAUAUAGGUGAUGAGAUGCCGGAGAGCAGUUUCCCACAUGUGGAGAUUGAAAAAGACGAUGGUGGUGGACAAGGUCAAGGUACAGGAGGAGGAGGACAUGGGAAUAAUGAGAAUGGAAGUAGCAGUUCGAGUAGCUCAAGCAGCUCAAGUAGUGAUUCAUCUUCCUCCAGUGAUUCAGACUCAGGGAGUUCUUCUGGGAGUGAUUCGGAUGCAGAUGAUGCACAAUCUUGACAUGAAACGAUGAAAUGAAUGUAAUGUGAUUUGAAUCAAGAAAACCGCGAUUGCAGAAUCAUCUUUAAAUCAAGGGAAUGGAAAGGGGAAGUCUUGAGAGAUAUUGAGAAGUGAAAAAGCUCGGAUGGAUGUAAUUAGCGAGAGAAGACCCGUUGUAAUUGGGUUGAUUUUUUAGGGAGGUGAAAAACUGAAAAUGGAGGUGAAGGUAGAAGAAGAAGAGAAGGAAGAUAGUUAAGUUGAGUUGAGUUGAGUUAAGGGAGAGAUAUGAUAUGAGAUAUGAUGAUGGUCUUGUGUGUACAUAUGACCAAAACAAGGCAAAAAUUAGUGUAGUAAAUCCAUGAAUGAUUUUAUUGGAAAAUUCUAAUUGUUGUUCAAUGUUUAUAUUGUUGUUAAAUGUCUACUUCUAUUUGCUAAAAGUAAAAUGGAAAUGGAAAUGGAAAUGAAGUGUUUUUGAUUUUUUGAUGAACUUAAAAGGCAUGUUCUUCUAGAAGGUGUAGCAUGUGAAAUGGCAGAUGAUUGGGAAGGUACAAAACAUGCGUCCAAGUUUCAACGGCACCGUCAAUGACAUUUUUUAGGAAAAAAGGGUUUUGUCAAAACUGUAUAUAUUUAAUUUUGCUUUAAUGAAUAAAUAUGAAACAAGAUAGACAUAUAAAACAUAAAUUUAAAACGUUUCUAGAUACGUGAAAGUGGUGUAAAUUACAACAUUUAAAUAUGUAAAUAUUUGAUUUUUUGUCAAUAAGCUUAAAAUGGAUUGUAAUUGGUGUUUUGGAGUGGAGGCGAACGAGAAAUGAGAUUCUUAGGUAGGUUAAUUGUUAAUUACCUCUUUGAAGUUUGACCUUGAACUGGUCAAGAAG